AUGAUCAAGGUAUUUAUCGCCACCUGUUUGGCGGUCGCCGGAGUCCUCGGGGAUGGUAUCUACCCCCCAUCGGUCCCACAAGGUGCUGCUGCUCCACCAGCAGCGCCUGCCCAGCCCAUUGACUUCUCCCCCACUGCACCAGCGACGCUUUCUAGGCUCACCUCAAUCGUCUCCUCCAGCAACCAGCAUUUGCCCCACCUCCGGCUUCAGCUCCGUAUGCACCACCAGGCAUUUGCACCUCCAAACUUCAGCAUUUGCACCUCCUUCACCAGCUUUUGGCCACACCUCCCCCAGCAUUUAGGCCCUCCUCCUACAGCACAUUUGCUCCCACACCUCCAGCUUUUGCUCCCCCUCCACCAGCUUUUGGUCCACCUCCUCCAGCAUUUGGUCCUCCUCCUACUACAGCAUUUGCUCCCCCACCUUCAGCAUUUUGCACCUCCUACUUCAGCAUUUGCACCUCCUUCACCAGCUUUUGGCCCACCUCCCCCAGCAUUUGGCCCUCCUCCUACAGCAUUUGCUCACCCCACCUCCAGCUUUUGCUCCCCCUCCACCAGCUUUUGUGUCCACUCCUCCAGCAUUUGGUCCUCCUCCCCAGCAUCUUCGCUCCACCACCUCCCGCGUUUAUUUCCAUCUCAAGUAGCUCCUCCUUCUGUUUCAUAUGCUCCACCAGCUCCUGCCUCCUCCUCCACCUCCACCACCUCCACCACCUCCUCCGACCAACCUCCACCCUCCAACCCCCUCCCACCUCCACCACCCGCCCACCUCCCCCACCACCACCACCUCCUCCCCCAGCAUCUGCUUCUGCACCAGGUGCACCAGCUUCCACUUACGGACUGCCUAGUUUCUAAGAAG